AUGCUUCAUAUUAUUCAAAUAUAUUUUACUAAAACAAUACAUAAUAAUAAAGAAAUAAUCAAAUUUAUCGAAGCAAUUCAAAUUAUAUUCAUUGAAUUAACUGAUGAAACAAAUUAUUUCUAUAAAAAAAAUCAAGAUAUUCCAUUUGUUAAUGAUUUACUUGAACAUAUUAAAAAUUCAAUUUAUUUAACUUCUUCUUCAUGUUUACUUCAACCUAUAUUACCUUCAUUAAAUAAAAUUCCAUCGAUUCUUUAUGGAUUUCUUGAUGCUAAAUUUCUUUCAUAUUUAUAUAAUUUUGCAACACAAGAAAUAUCUAAGAAGAAAUCUUCUGAUAUUGAAGGUAUUCAAUGUCCAAUAGAUAAUUUAUCUGAUGAUAAAUUACCAUUAAUACAAGCAUUUGAAAUAAUUCUUCUUCUUUCUUUUCAAUCUUUAUAUGAUCAA